GUUGCCGUCAGCACAGAGUGUGUGUCGGAGUGUGUGUUAGUGGAGCUUAGUCCGCUUUGAGUGCGCUUUGUUUUAUUCUCUUCUCUCGCUUCUGUAGAAAUGGAAAUAUAAGAUGAGCCGGGCAGCGGGCGCCGCCGGCUCCUCCUGACCGGAAAAUGAAGCGUCUCUGUCGGAGGCUGUCGGUGAGCGUGGCGGUGCUGGUGUGGCUGGGAGCGCUGGUUUACCUGCUGGUGCUCAGCCGGAGGAGGCUGCCGGAACUCGGGACCGGAGCAGGGGGAGCCGGAGGACCGGGAGGAGAGACAGCGUUCAGCCAGAUCUCCGAUGCCGAGUGGGAGGACAUGUUGGAGGGCUUCGAUGAGCGCGGGUACCUGGGCGCUCGGCGCUGGAAACCCGGAGACGACCCGUACACACUGUACGCCUUCAACCAGCGGGAGAGCGAGCGCAUCCCCAGCAACCGAGCCCUGAGGGACACCCGCCACUACAGGUGCACCAGUCUUCAUUACGAUUCUGAUCUUUCUCCAACUUCCAUCAUCAUCACCUUCCACAACGAGGCCAGAUCCACCCUGCUGCGCACCAUCAUGAGCGUGUUGAACAGGACCCCAGUUCAUCUCAUCCACGAGAUAAUUCUGGUGGACGACUUCAGUGAAGACGAAAAUGACUGCCAGCUUCUCACCAAACUGCCCAAAGUCAAAUGUUUUCGCAACAACAAGAGAGAAGGACUCAUCAGGUCCAGAGUCCGGGGGGCCGAUGCUGCGAGGGCCGGGGUCCUCACCUUCCUGGACAGCCACUGUGAGGUGAACAAGGACUGGCUGCCCCCCCUGCUGCAGAGGAUCAAACAGGACCCAAGCUGUGUGGUCAGCCCGGUCAUCGACAUCAUCAACAUGGACACCUUUGCCUACGUGGCGGCCUCCGCUGAUCUCCGUGGAGGUUUCGAUUGGAGUCUCCAUUUCAAGUGGGAGCAGCUGUCGACUGAACAGAGAGCUCUACGCACCGACCCCACCCAGCCCAUCAAGACUCCCAUCAUCGCGGGCGGGCUGUUUGUGAUUGACAGGUCGUGGUUCAAUCACCUCGGAAAGUACGACACCGCCAUGGACAUCUGGGGGGGGGAGAACUUCGAGAUCUCGUUCCGGGUGUGGCAGUGCGGCGGCUCUCUGGAGAUCCUGCCCUGCAGCCGCGUGGGUCACGUCUUCAGGAAGAAGCACCCGUACGUCUUCCCUGAGGGCAACGCCAACACCUACAUCAAGAACACACGGCGCACGGCGGAGGUGUGGAUGGACGACUUCCGUCUCUUCUACUACUCUGCUCGACCUGCAGCCCGGGGGAAAUCCUACGGAGAUGUCCGAGGCCGAGUGGAACUGCGCAAGAAGCUCAAGUGCAAAUCCUUUAAGUGGUACUUGGAUAACGUCUACCCGGAGCUCAAGGUCCCGGACGACUCGGACUCUCAGUCGGGGGUGAUCCGGCAGCGGCAGAACUGUCUGGAGUCUCGGAGGCUGGAGAGCCAGGAGCUGCCCUUCCUCACACUGGCCCCCUGCAUCGGGAAGGAGGGGGUCCCCGCCAUCAACCAGGAGUGGGUGUACACACACGGGCAGCAGAUCCGACAGCAGCAGCACUGUCUGUCUCUGUCCACCACCUUCCCCGCCUCACAGGUGCUGCUCAUGCCCUGCAACAUGGCCGACGGCAAGCAGCGCUGGCAGAAGUCGGGCACUCACCUGGAGCACCUGGUGUCUCGGUUCUGUCUGGACUCGGAGAUGGCUCUGGACGGCAUAGACUCGUCCCGCAUGCUGGUCAUCAGCCCCUGUGAACUGAGCGCCUACACACAGAGAUGGGAGGUCCCGUUCUCCUGACCCUUAACCCCGUGAGACACCUUUCACCCCCAAACACACCUGCCCCGUCACCCACACACAGCCUCAAAUAGUAGCAGAGGGGACGCUCUGACGGAGGGAGGUGUGCACGAGCACGUGACGGAAGCUGGAUGGAGGGUUUGUUAUGACUUUUUGACGCCUCUUCGCUGUCUGUCAUGGGGAGACAUCCAAGAGAGGAUCAUUUAUGAAGAUCUGUCAUGGAUCAAAACAUUGUUACAUGAAUCAGAAAUGUCUGGUUUGUUUUGUCCGGAGAAUAAAGUGUGAAAGUUUGAGGGGACGAGACAAACCAAGUGCACCUUAAACCCCCGACCUGUCAGAGCUGUAAAGAAGCUUUGUGUGAGGAAAGAAUCUAAGAGAAUGUGUCUUGUUAUAUUUUGCAAUGAAAGUAUGUGUAAAGAACCUGGGGAUUAAAACCAAGCACAAAACAAGCUUAUAGUUUAAAUCAAGACCUUAGUUAAACUGCAGAAUAGAGUGGUGCAGAGAGGACCAGAAGUUAGCAUCGCAAAGCCGCCCUCCUCAAAAAGGGAUUGGGGAUUUUUCCAUUGGAUUUUAUUGCAAAUAACCUCCGCAUAUUAACACUACUUUUUGAAGUGAAAAGAUAACCUUGGGCUAUAAAGGAACUACAGCACGGUCACAUGACUUCACGUCACCACCGCUAAGCUAAAGGAGGCUAAUGUUGGGCUAUAAAGGAACUACAGCACGGUCACAUGACUUCACGUCACCACCGCUAAGCUAAAGGAGGCUAAUGUUGGGCUAUAAAGGAACUACAGCACGGUCACAUGACUUCACGUCACCACCGCUAAGCUAAAGGCGGCUAAUGUUGGGCUAUAAAGGAACUACAGCACGGUCACAUGACUUCACGUCACCACCGCUAAGCUAAAGGUGGCUAAUGUUGGGCUAUAAAGGAACUACAGCACGGUCACAUGACUUCACGUCACCACCACAAAGCUAAAGGCGGCUAAUGUUGGGCUAUAAAGGAGCUACAGCAUGGUCACAUGACUCCACGUCACCACCGCUAAGCCAAAGGCGGCUAACGAUGGGCCUGGUGGCGUUUAGUCGUCUCUUUUAGACUCUUGUUAGCAACCGGGGACGACUCAUUCCUGCACCACUCUAUAAGCAUCUUGAUAAGAUUGUCAAAUUAAAAGUCCAUUCUUCAUGGGACCUGAGCAGGAACAUAUUUUUGCUCUAAAUUUAUAAAAUCAGUUCUUAUAACCACGCUAGCAUCUCAGUUCACUUCAAGAUAACUUAGUAACCGUCCUUUGGGGGACGGACAGAGAGUUUAAGGCUGACAGAACCAAAAUCAACUUUAGUGGUAAGAACUCAUUACCUGGUUGGAUAGUUUAUAAAAUGCUCUUAAUAUGAAAGGGAUUUCUCUGCUCUGCCCUGCAAGAUGGAUGAGAUGUUUUGUUGAAUUUUGGAUGUUUAUAUGACCAUAAUUUCCCUGUUUUUAUACUGCAGCUUCCUUUUCCCUGUAUCUACAAGUGCAAACGCGCCACAACAGCACAAAACUGGGCUGCAGCUUCAGAAAUGGGGCAAAUAUAAAAACACAAAUGUGCCAAAAUGCAUGCAAAUAAAGUAAGGUCUUCACAAAAUCAACGAAAACAUUUGCAGCGUUUCCUAGAAGAGCUGCACAAACAAUGCACUCAACAAAGAAGCUCAAAACACAUCAGGAACAGGGGACUUUGGCCCAUGUGUGCUUUUUUUAUUUGCAUUGUUUCUAAAGCUGCAGCGCGUUUCUCGUUCUGGAAAUGUUUUGGGCCGCUGUGGCGCGUUUGCACCUGGUGGCCACCGUAUAUAUCAGUAUAUCUGAUUGUAGAAGUAUAAAGCUAGAGCAUGGAAAACACACAAAGAAGAGGCGAGCACAAAAACAAAAGCUAAAUCAAAUCUGAUACAGAAAUAAGAGACGCAGACAGAAAGGGCUACGAGUGUAAAUAAAGGCACAAUAAGGAGGAGGAAGAUGUCUGCAGCACCUGGCUGAGCAUGACAACAUUUUUCUGCACAUGUUUUCUUUUCCACUUUAUGAAACUGGGGGAAAAGCUUUACUCACAAUGUUUCUUCAUUCUCUAAACUCAAGAGUCUUUAUGGAUUUACAGAAAGAAGUGUCGACUGUCGAUGCUUUUUCAGAAUCGAGAUAUUUCUGGUCUUGUUGACGGACGAACUGCAGCUGCUGACGAGGUCAAACCUGUGACCCUGCAGUCAUGUGACUUCUUCUGUGGUUUUUCAUUUCAAAUUCCAACAGAGUCAAGUAAACGGAAGACCCGUAAAUAUUUCCCAUCCCUAAACUCCCCUCACCAUCAUUUUGCAAGUCCUGUUUUUUCAAACGAUGGAUUUCUAACUUUGGAAAGGAACUGAGUCCCUCUUUCCUGUGUUUGAUAUCAUCCACUGCAUCAUUUUGAUAUCCUGUUUGACUCCUGAAUAAAGGUUUUAUAACG